AUGGGUGGAUACCAUAGUUUUCCAGAUAAAGUCAGAUGUGUUUUGUACUGCCUGCUGCUUUUGAAGAAUUACACAACAAAAGACAGAGAUUAUCGCUUUCAAAAGCUUUUGGAGAAACUCAAAAAGAAAUAUUUUCCACAUUCUGCUGAUGUUACUUUGGCAAAUGUUUCUACGGAUGUGAUAAAAACAGAGGCAGGUUUCACAACAUUUGCAUCAGAAGACACAAGACAUGAAGUCAUGUAUACAUUCGUCACCGAAUGUUUAUUGGAGGAUGAUGAUCUGGAGUUUUUCUUGACUGAGGCUUCGAGCGACGUCAUUUUAGAAUACUGCAGAUCCUGGGAGUAUGAGAAAAAUGAGAAAGAAAGAUGUCUGUAUGUACCAUACAGACCAGAGAAAAUAAUAAAUGCUCUUAUUGACAAACUACAGAUGAAUAUCAUCAGCCAUUGCACCAUUUCAGAUGAAAAUGUCCAUGAUAGUGUUUGUGAACGCUUGGGUGUACCAAGAGAGGUACUAUUUUGGGACCAGGAGGCCAGAGAGCGGUAUGUGGAUUACGCUAAGAGAGGAACACACACAGUCCACCAUGCCCGGGGGAUGAUUGUAGGAUGUGCUGGGGCGGGGAAAACCACGCUACUCAAACGUCUGCUAAGGUGUAGUUAGGAGGAAAUAAUGAACGUGAAAUCAACGGAAGUCUUGGAUGUCCAUGAAGAAGUUUUUGAGAUUAUUGAUGAAAACAAAUCACUAAAAUCUACAUCCCUGAAUACAAAGUACGAGUUUGAGGGGAAACCAUCAAAGACGUUGACGUUCUUUGAUUUUGGAGGCCAGUGUGUCUACUACGCAUGUCACCAGAUUUACCUGACCAGGAGAGCUUUCUAUGUUGUGGUGGUGGACGCUUCAAAGGACUUGAACGAAAAAACAGAUGUGAAUGUGUGUGAUCAAAAUGGCAGCCUUUUCUCAGAAUGGACCU